AUGGUGGGGCAAACGAGAGGGCCGUCACGGCCCAAUAUGGCGCCGCCACGUAAUUUUCACCCCAUAUCAUCGCCGUCCUCGGAACACGGAAGAGGAUCGGGAGCCGCAUCAUCGGAUUCCGAAAAUCCCGAUUCAAAUUAUUCGGUGUCGAAUGAGGGAAACGUCGCGGAGGAAGAUUUGAAAAACGUUGUCGUUUCACCGGAAAAUUCAAUACAGAAAAAUCAAUCUUGCAAUUUGAUGAAUCAGAAUUCAACGACUCAGAAAUCGACGUCGGAGUCGUCGACCGUUAAGAUUGUGAAUUCGGACGUUUCGCAAUACGUUAAGAAGAUGCCUCAAAUCGCGAACAAUCAAAUAUUGUCAAUAUUUCCGAGUGGGAAAUCCGUUGAAAAUUUAAAACAAUCCGGAGACAAACAAGCGGAGAGUCAUUCAGCCGGAAAUGCAAAGAGAAACGAAAACCAGCCUAAUUUUUUAACGAUGCAACAGAAAAUCAACGAGAAGUUGUUGGCCAAUCAAAUUCCGAUUCAAAGGUUACCGGAGCAACAAUUCAUACUCAAACAGGUUGGAUCUUCGGAUAAUAUUGUGACGAUGACGACGGCCAAAAUCACGGAACCCAAUCAAAAUUACUUUGCAAUGUUGACAAACAAACCGCAGACGAAUUAUGUUAACUACUUGUCCUUACCUGUCAAUCAACAAAAUUUCAUUGCAGUGGAGCAACAGCAAAAAAAUAAUUUUGUAGUUAUGGAAACGCCGCCCAAAACGAAUUUCGUAACAGUUCCUCAAAAAACGAACGUUCAAUCCUCGGGUCAAACGUAUCUCGUUCACGGAAACGGAGCUGAUUUAAAACAGUUCAACAGUUACCUCGCCGUCACGACGAAACCGGGAGACACAAAUGGAACCACAUUUUUCACAAUGACUCCUACGAAGCACACAUCCGGUCCUCAAACGGCGUAUUUGAUGACUCCGAAGCAAACGGAAAACAGUCGCACGUUUGUCGCGGUCACUCAAAAGCCGACGGAUGCCACUUACCUUGCUCUCCCGUCUGGUAAAAACAACGAAAACAAUAAAACGACAACUUUCAUCGCGAUGGAACCCAAUAAAACGGACACGAAUAUAAUCGUGACGCAAGUUUUGCCAUCAUCCCAACAAUCUCCACAGUUGUUUCAAUUAGAAUACGCGGACGGCGACAAUGGAAAAUCCGGUGGGAAAUAUUUCAAUUCGAGGGACAAUGCGGUGACGCAAUCGAUAGUUCCUAAAUUAUCUUGCAACAACAUUAGCAGCAGCGGCAACAGCACCAGUAGCAUCAGUACAAAAACGGCGAUAGCAAAUUCGGUACCGCCACUGACAAGCGUGAGCUCGUCGUUAACGACGAAAAGGACAACGGUUACGUCAAAAGCUUUAACGCCGGCAUCCGUUUCUCCCGGGAAAUCGAAUAAUAUUCCUCCUCUGGCGACUUCGGGAAGCAUUUCGUUUGUAUCGUCCUCUGGCAACGUAACAUUUUUGUCUACUACUAACGUUCAGUCGUUGGCUGGUUCAACUACAUCGACGCUAGCUAGCAGUUCGCCUAACGAAACCCGGUAUGUAAAUGCGGAAUCUGAAGGAAAGGGAGAAACGAACGCUUCGGGUCAAGAAGAGAAUAAUUCAUCGUCUUCUGCCGCCGGUCCGAACGUAACGGCAGUGCCCGUGAACACGGUUCUCAAUUCGAACGUUCCUCACUCCCAUCAAUACCUGAUACCGAACGUCGAUAAUUUAAAAUUGGCGGCGGAGAGCAUAAAUAAAAUGAUGCCGACGCAAAAUACUAAUUCGGUUCCACAGGGGAAACCCUCGAACGUAAUGAAAGUUCAUCAAGCGGAUCAAAAUUUUCAAAUGCACAAUUAUUCCAAAAAUGAAAAUUCUGGUUAUUCAAACCACGUGACCAAAACCGGUAUACAAGACAAUUCGAGACGUAAAUAUGGUCAAAGUGAAAAUAAUAAAAUCCCGGGAAAAAACGUGGUCAAAUAUUCGCAUAACACAUACUUUAACAAUCAACGGAAUGACAAAAAUCAAAAUCACAGUUCCUAUAAGCCCCGCGUGGAACCGGUGUUCGAUUUGAGGAUUCCACUCGUUUUUCAAGUGGUUCUCACGGAUCAUUGCUACGGCAUGCCCAUGUUACUUUUGAGAGAUGAAAAACCUGUACCUGUUGAAGAUGACAAAGAAAGUAUACUUUCCUCCGACGAGAAGGGAGAAGACGGAGAAGAAACGGAAACGGCAGCAGAGGGAGAGGACAGCAUCACACGUUGCAUUUGCGAUUUGGAACAUGAUGAUGGAUAUAUGGUUUGCUGCGAUAAGUGUUCCGUUUGGCAACACGUCGCUUGCGUUUUUCCCGAUGUACGAGUCGGUACGCCCUUGCCAGAAGAGUACCUUUGCGACGUUUGCCAUCCGAGAAAAUUAGAUAGAAACAGAGCGAGAGCUCUUCAGUUGCAACGAAGAAAACAAAUAUUCAAUAAUUCCGAUUCGAGCGAUUCGAGUUCGAGUAGUUUGGAAAUCGCUCCGAGAUCAAAAGAAACGGGUCCCAUGAAAAAAACGGCCAACAGACGGCGAAUCGAUUCGAUACCGAGAAAACCUGUCAAAUUGGGAAAAUUAGAUUCCGGUCACAACGAUUCGGUAGUUAAAAAUUCAAUUGGUAAAUCUAGGAAAAGAGAAUCUAAUAAUUUGAAAAGUUCAUCCGUCGGACGUCGUACGAAAUUAAAAAGAAAACUAGAGUCUAGGUUGCCUCGAGCAGCCGUACGAAGAAAAAGCAAAAACAAGGAAGUCAUCAAAACGGACAAGGACUGCAGCAGUAACGGAAGCAGCAACAACAACAACAACAACAACAAUUAUCAUUUGAAAGAGAGAAACGAAAGAUUCGAGGGUGGCGAAGAAGGAAAUGGAAAAUCUCCCGAUCUACGUACGAGACUACAAAUCCUUAAAAAUACAAAUUUGAAAGAUUUAGGAGUGAAGGGAAGUUCGCGGACGUUGGUGACGUCGUGCAAUUUGUCAAAGGGACAAUUGAUCGUCGAAAUCAGAGGGAAAUUUUUACUGUCGGACGAACAACCCGGCAAAUCGGAUUGUUUGUUCUUUUACCGUUUUCCAAAAGAUAGUUCUCAAAUCGUCGUCGACGGGACGGGUCACGAAAAUUUAGCGAGAUAUGCCAGGCGGUCGUGUCGUCCGAAUGCAGAGAUGAAGCAUUGCAUCGUGAAAGGUUCUCUCCGAUUGUAUUUGAUAGCCUCGGAGGAUUUGAGUAAAAAUCAAGAGAUAACAAUAGCACACAAUUGCAUAAGCGAUACUUCGUAUACUCAAAAGGAGGGGUGCUUGUGUAAAAAUAAGGAUUGUUCAUUUUUUUUACCAAAAAAUUCACAAAAUUCGGCAACCGAAAGGAGGAAAAGAGGUCGAAGAAGAACGGUGUCGGAAGAAAGUGAAGGAUCUCCGAUAAAGAAUAAAAAAGAAAAUAAAACCGCCGCCGCCGUCGUCGUCGAACCCGCGAGAAGGAAUUCUUCGAUUACUCAGAGUAGCAGAAGUCCGAGUAGUCCAGUUCAACAGGAAUCCCGUAGCGACAAAGAAAAAGAUAGGAAAUUGACGAGAGACGAAAGGAAAAUCGAGCAAGCCAUGAAAAUAUUUGCUCAAAUGGAAAGAGACACGGCGAGGAAAAAGGAUAAGGAUAGGCCUCAAAUAUCGGUGACGGGAAGUAGAAAAGAUUCGCAAAUGAAUUCCAAAGGGGAUUCCGAUAAGGAAUCGCCGGUUGAAUCGAAAUCGAAAAGGAGAAGGCGGAGACGAAGGAGGAGAAGAAAAGUUCGACUCUCAUCCACGGCAAGCUCAACUACACUCAAUCAAUUCAACUCAGGGGAUAGUGAUUUAUCAUCUGGGGAUGAACUUCCCAGUCCUAGAAAAGGAUCGUCAAAGGAUUCCAGGGAUGAUGAAUUACUGAGUCCUAUAGAUAAAAUGUCCAGUCCGAGAGGUGAUCGAAAUCGUAGGGAUUCGAGUAGUCGGGAAAAGGAAAAGAGACACGAUGCCGCGGGUUUACUCUUAGCACUCGGCGGACGAUAUCUUCCCGGUCAGAAAACACCCACGAGAGAAAAAGAAAGUGAAAACGAAGGAUCUCCUCCCACUCCGUUAUCGUCUGCUUGUCUUUUAGUAGCAGCAGCUGUCGGUCCUCUCGCUCCCGGUUUUAGAUUUCCCAAAACUAAAAAGGGCCUAAUGAACGAGUGGUUGAAUAAAUCACCGGAACAUCCUGCUCCCGAUUUUUCGCCGACACCGGAAAACGUUCAGUUAAGCGUACAAUCGGAAUCCUCUCUUCCGCCCGGAGCUCCGAAAUUAUCCAAUUUAUCAAAUCGUUUGUUCAAUUUUCCGAUCGAUUCAAAAUCUUUAGAACUCAAGGACCCGGUAAAAGAUUCAAGAAUGAUUCUGGAUGGAAGAAUUCCCUCUGGAACGCCGGCGGGUUUCGGAAAGAAGAGAUGGCUUCGUCAGGCGAUAUCUGAAGAAUGCGAUGGACCGCAAGGCCAAGGUUCUCCUCCGUGUCCGCCAGACAACGUGACGCCGUUGAAAAAACGUCGUUUAGCGAGAGAAUCCUUGUCGUCUGAUCCUCCUACGACUCCUCCCAUGCCUCCGUCGACAACUCAAACAAAGGAAGAUCGUUUGUAUGCGAGAGACAUCAAUAGUCCGGAAUCGCCCACGAUAAUCGAUACCGAAUCGGAAAUUUCUCUGGCCGAAAGAGUCGACGCACUCCGUCGAGAAUACCUCGAAGCUCAAGAAAGGAAUUUGUUAAAAACGUACGGACGAUACGAGAACGAGUGCACAACGAGAUCGGAAAGAGACAGCGAAGAAUUCGAAAGGUUUAAUAAUUUUCAAACGUCACCUCAGAGCGUGCCGGAAAACCUCAGUUACAAGUUUCAAGAUGAAAAACCUCCGCCGGAAAAGUCGACUCCGAACGCUAACGCUGAAAAACCGUUGGAUUUGACGGGGGAGAAGGAAAAGGAGGGAAGCGACGUAGAUGUUGAAAAUCAAAAAGUGGAAUCUAGUCCAAAACUACAAAAAAGGGGAAGAGGUCGAAGGGUCGGAAAUAAAAAAGGAGAAAACGAAGUUCGGACUUCUCCGAGGUUUCGAAAAAGUUUAAAAUGUCGUAAAAGUGAAAACGGCAUCGAUGUCAAGGAAUCGGAAAAGGGUAAAGAGAGUAAGGAAGUGCGUGAGGAGGAGGAGUGCGUGGAAAAUGGUGUUUCCGACGGUCUUAAAAAGAACGAUUCGUCGUCGUCGUCGUCGUCGUCGAAAGACUCGCGAUCGUCUCAAAAAACGGAACCCAACGUUUCGGUGACGGUGAAAAAUUUAGAUCCGAGAUUGAGAAACAAUUCCGUGUAUUGCAAAAGUGAAAAAAUCCCCUUGUCGGAGACUAAGGAACCGGAAAUCGAUGUUGUGGACAACGCGCGGGAUUCAAAAUCCGAUAUCAAAACCGAAUCGACCGUUCCUUUUACCAAUAAUUCGAUAGUGAUUAAAACGGAAAGUUUAAAUGAUAGGACAUGCGAUGAUAAAGAAGAAGAAUCGACGGAAUCGAUUUUGGAAAAACUAGACGGAUUCGGGUCUUUCAAAAAGGAAAAAAAAGAUGAAAACGAAGGAGGAGUCAAAGGAGGUGGUGGAGAAGAAGAGGAGGAAGGAGGUGGUGAUGAAGGAGGAGCUGGAGGAGGUAGUGGAGGAGGAGUGAGAGAAGGAGGAGGAGGAGAAGAAGGAAAAUUGGAAAGCGUCAAAACGGAGGGCGGAGGACCGACGGAUGUGAAAAUAGUACAAAACGGUUUCGAAAACGUUAAAGUCGAAAACAAGAUGAGGUUCACGACGGACGAUGAUAAUAAUGUAAAUUUUAAUUCUAAAAUGGAGAAUUCCUUUUACGAUGAUAAACAUUACAAGAACGACAUUAUGGUGCCUGAUAAUUUAGAAGAGUCUCAAGGAGAUUCAAAAGCGGAAGAUUUGGAGCAAUAUUCGUCAAUGUCCGAUAAGAGUGCUCCAAUCAAAAGAAAGUUGUCCGUAACGGAGUACCUGAAUAGAAAAAAAUGCGGAGCUCAAGGUGGGAAAUCGUCGUCGUCGUCAUCUUCGUCGUCUUCGUCGUCGAAUCCAUUGCCGGAAGAAAGUUGCGGCGGUGCAAACGCGAGUCCGCAAGAAGUCAUGUCGCCUCUCGCGAGUUCUCCAAACGACGAAGACAGAUCUCGUUUGUCGUCGCUUCCGACUCCCAUACUUCCCCCCGUUUUUUUCGAAAUGGACAAGAGCUUGGAGAAACCCGGGUCCGGAGUCCGUUUCAAAUCCGAGCCCACGGAAUUGGAGCGUCAGAGGGAGAAUUUAACGGAGCGAUUGAGACGCGAAUUCGGUUUGCUCAUAGCCGACGACGAGCCGAAACCCAUCAAAAUGGACGCGGAGGAUUUGAUGCCGCCGCCGCCGCCGCCACCCAAUUGUCCGUAUCCGUCGUAUUCGACGGAAACGUCGGAUUUCAUAAUGGAUCCGAUCGGAAAGAGGAGUUUAUAUCAUCCGCCCACGCAAACGUUGCCCCAAAGCGCCAUAUAUCCCGUUGGUUCGAGCAAUCCUCCCAAUCCUUGUUCGUUCAAUUCUCCAUAUUUUUUUUUGCCGCCUUUGCCGCCCCACGUUUCACACGAAGACAAACGGAAAGAAAGGAAAAAUAAAAAAUUCAGACAAUAG